AGCGGGCGGCGAGGUCGGAGACAUGGCGGCCGCGGCGGUGUUCCUGGCGGGGCUGGCGCUGCUGGGCGCGCGGGGCGGCUCCGGGGCGGAGAGCAGGAUCUGGACGUCUAUAGAUGAUGCUGGUGCCAAAAUACGCCUCACCUGCGGCAUGAAUGACAGCGCUGUGGACAUCACCGGCCACCGCUGGAUGAAGGGGGGCAAGGUGCUGAGAGAGGACGGGCUGCCAGACCUGAGGACGAACUAUGAGGUGGAUGCGGCCGAGCGCUCGGGCGAGUACUCCUGCAUCUUCCUCCCAGAGCAUGCGGGCAGGGCCAGCAUCCAGGUGCGAGGACCCCCCAUAGUCAAGGCUAAGAAGUCAUCCGAGAAUGCCGACGAGGGGGAUAAGGUGGUGCUGGUCUGCUCGUCGGACGCCCAACCCCCGAUCCUCACCUGGACGUGGCACAAGAUGAACGAGUCGGGAGACCAGGUCAUCACCAACACCUCGCGGAGCGACAAGUACAUUGUGGUCUCCUCUGACAAGGAGACGAAGCUGCAAAUCCUGAACCUGGACGUGGACGAGGACGCCGGCAAGUACUCCUGCAGCGCCAGCAACGGGGAGGGCGAGGGCAAGGCCGUCGUCACCCUGCGCGUGCGCAGACACCUGGCUGCCCUCUGGCCCUUCCUGGGCAUUGUGGCCGAGGUGCUCGUGCUGGUCACCAUCAUCUUCAUCUAUGAGAAGCGGCGGAAGCCUGAUGAGGUCCUGGACGACGACGACCCGGGUUCUGCACCACUGAAGAGCACUGGGCCCCAUGUGAACGACAAAGACCAGAAUGUUCGCCAGAGGAAUGCCACCUGAGCAAGGUGUGGCAGGAGGAGUCUGCGCCCCAGGAGCCCAGUGUUUCCCCAUCUGCACAGUUCCCAGCCCUCUCCUCAUAAAGGAUAUCCACCCAGAGAAAGCAAACCGUGUUGUGGAUUCAAAUCACAUGUUUUCUGUCCUCUCUCAAAAGCCAAACUAGGGUUUUCUACAUCCAGGAAAUCUGUUCCUUAGGGGCUGUGUUUUUAAACAUUUCAUGAGCGCUCUAGGGGAGGGUUCCCUGGGCUUCCAGUCUCCACACACACUGCGCCUGCCCAGCCCCAGUUUUCCCAACUGCCCCUGUCACCUCAGUCUCCCCACCUCACUGCCCCUGGCAUUCAGCCUCCAAGUCCAUUUGUUCCUGUCCAUCGGUGUGUCUGACAGCGGGCAGACUGGCCUUUGCCCGGCCGCCCCCGCCCUUUGCCAGUCACAGGCCAAGCAUGUCCUGCCUUUCUGGAGCCAGUGCUCUUGAGUAACAUCAGGUCUGUGUUGCAACUUGAGGCACACUACAGAGGGCCACCCGCAGGGCGCCCCCCUCGUCGCCCCUGCUGACCACACACCUGGAGGUCCGGGCAACUGCAGAAACCCCCUUCCCAGUGAGGCCUGCUGCCUGGCUGCUCCUCCUCUACAGCACCCGUCCCCCGUGCCCCCAAUAAAGAAUGACCCACCUCUUUCUCCAUUCCUGUCUCCACUCCUGUCUCUGCUU